CAAUGCUGAUAUGAGGGUAACUUCCUCAGUCAGUGGGGUUCUGCAGGCUUAUGCAAAGGCAUCUCAUUGGUCUGUAGAGUUGUGGUUUCUGUUUCAUUUCCAGAGCUCAAACUUUCCUUUCUCUAGAUUUUAGCCGGAAAUACCUUGAAGUUCUGGAUUGGUGAGUUAAUUCUCCCUGGUUUACAACUUUCUGGCGUCUGAUAACGGGCUGAGCAAUUUUAGGGGGCAGACUUUUGAAGACUUUGAAAGGAGAACAUUGCUUUUGCUUGGGCACCUGAGCAGAAGUGCAAGGAGUCCGGACAGUCAUACACAGGAUCACAGCAACUAUGGCUUCACAAUUCAUGAAGAAUUUAAAGGAGGAGGUGACCUGUCCUGUCUGUCUGAACCUGAUGGUGAAACCUGUGAGUGCAGAUUGUGGUCACACCUUCUGCCAAGGCUGCAUCACGUUGUACUUUGAAUCCAUCAAAUGUGAUAAGGAAAUGUUCAGUUGCCCUGUGUGCCGACUUAGUUACCAGUCUAGCAAUCUGAGGCCUAAUCUACAUGUGGCCAACAUAGUAGAGAGGCUCAAAGAGUUCAAGCCCAGCCCAGAAGAGGAGCAGAAAGUGUUUAACUGUGCAAGACAUGGAGAGAAACUCCAGCUCUUCUGUAGGAAGGACAUGAUGGCCAUCUGCUGGCUUUGUGAGCGAUCUCAGGAGCACCGGGGCCACAAAACAGCUCUCAUUGAAGAGGUGGCCCGGGAGUACAAGGAGCAGCUGCAGGUAGUUCUGCAAAGGCUGAUGGCAGAUAAGAAAGAAUUUGAAAACUGGAAAGAUGAACUUCAGAAGGAUAGAACUUACUGGGAGAAUCAAAUACAGAAAGAUGUGGAGAAUGUUCAGUCAGAGUUUAAACGAAUGAGGGAUAUCAUAGACUCAGAGGAGAAGAAUGAAUUGCAGAAGCUGAGGCAAGAGAAGGAAGACAUUCUCAACAACCUGGCAGAGUCUGAAAGUGAGCAUGCUCAGCAGAGCAAGUUGCUAGAAGACUUCAUCUCAGAUGUGGAACAUCAGUUACAGUGCUCAGACAUAGAAAUACUACAGGGUGUGGAGAACAUCAUAAAACGGAGUCUUACUUUUUCGAUGAAGAAGCCCAAAACCAUCGCCAGGGAACAAAGAAAGUUCCGAGCCCCUGACCUGCAAGGCAUGCUGCAAGUGCUGCAAGAGGUCACAGAGGCUCAACGCUACUGGGUUCAGGUGACCCUGGUUCAAAAUAACCAUCCAAACAUUGCCAUUACUGACGACAAAAGACAAGUACGAUAUGAAGACCACCAAGCAAGUAAUCUUAUACACGAGUGUGAAAACUCUCAUGAAGGCGUCCUGGGACAUCCAGCUAUCCAAUCUGGAAAACAUUACUGGGAAGUAGAUGUGUCUGGAAAAGGUGCUUGGGUUCUGGGGUUAAGUGAUGGAAGCUACCUCUUCUGUCCAAUAUUUCAUUCAAAUGCUGAAAGAAAUCGUUUAUUUUGUAGGGGGAUUAAGAAUGAUUCACAUUAUCAACCAAAAUAUGGCUUCUGGGUUAUAGGGCUGUGGAAAAAGUCUGUGUAUAAUGCUUUUGAGGAGUGUCCUUUCACAGGCAAGCCCAGUGUCUUGACCCUGUCUCUGAUGGUCCCGCCCUGUCGUGUUGGUGUUUUCCUUGACUAUGCAGCUGGGACUCUCUCAUUUUACAAUAUUUCCAACAAUGGGACUCUUAUCUACAGAUUCUGCACAGCUUCCUUUCCUGAUAGGGUUUUUCCAUAUUUUAAUCCCACGGGAAGUUCAGAGCCGAUGACAAUUUGCUGGCCAGACUCUUAACAUUUGCCUGUUUACUUGCAAGGUCUCUGGCUCUGAUAUGUAUAUCAUAUGCCUGAGCUCAUCAUACCAUUUUCUCUCUCUUUUUUUUCCUGACUCUAGUCUUUCUGUGUGAAUGUCUUUCAUUGGUAAAAAAGGAUAUAUUCAUUUCUCUAGGUCAGAUUCUUCUCAGUUUCUUUCAGUUUUGUUUUGUUUUAGAUGAGAAUAUUAAAUCACUUCCCAUUUAGUCAAGGAAAAGUGCCUGAGUGCUCAUUGUGUAAGAUAACACUGCUGCAAAGUUCUCUUAUUCUUUGCGCCAGAGGUGGAAGCCAAGGCCUUGUGCAUGGUGAGGAGGUGCUCCACCCCUGAGGAGGUGCUCCACCACUGAGCUAAUUACCUCAGCUCUGUCAGGUCUCUAUAACUUCAUCCUGCCCAUCAAUGAAAGAAGAUUAAAGAAAGAUCUUCAACAACUUGUCCAUUCAUUCUGAAAAUUAUAGGUAGGAAUCUGUGGUUAAGAAAUGCACCCUUAGCUAUAGGCCAGUUUUACCAGGAUGCAUCUUCAUCAAAGAAUGAAGGAGAAGCAUCACAAUGAGGCAUACUGUGUUCUUGCUCAGGCAUCAUAUGUGCCCAAAGUAGAAUGAUCAGGGAAUGUUAAUAUGGCCCCUGCUCAUGGAUGACAUGCGAGUUUAUGAAGCAUUCCAUAUUUUUGAAGAGCAUUGAUAGUCUAAAUCAUGUUAGAGAGGAGGCAGGGGGAAAGAAAAAGAAAGGAAGGAAGGAAGGAAGGAAGGAAGGAAGGAAGGAAGGAAGGAAGAGUAAGGAAGGAAGGAAGGGAAAGAAAGAAAGAAAGAAAGAAAGAAAGAAAGAAAGAAAGAAAGAAAGAGAACAAAAGAAAGAACGAAAGAAAGAACGAAAGAAAGAAAGAAAGAAAGAAAGAAAGAAAGAAAGAAAGAAAGGAAGGAGAAAGAACAAAGUAAAGAAGAUACUAUGUUCAGAGUAUCUGAGCUCCAGUCAUAGUUCCAAAUGUGUCAGCAGUGCCAGUGUGACUAUGCUUAUUUUUGUACUCUGCCUCAAGCCAGUAUGAGAAAUGGGCCAGUGGGAAAUAGUUCUUGCCAACAAGCCUGGGCACUUGAGUUCAAUUCCCUGCACCUGACUUCCACACAUAUGUUGUAGCAUGUAGAGGCCCAGACAUGUACACAAACACAAAUUGUGCAAAUAUAAUUUUUUUUCAUGAAAGAAACUAGGUAAGGGUAGAGCAUCCACUAAAUUAUAUCAGUGUUUAUUCUGUUAAUUACUGUGAGAUACAUGCUGUGUUAUAGUGUCCCAUGAAACCAUGGGAAAAUAAACAAGGAUUAGCUUUCCUGAAGUCUUAUUACUAGUCCCUUAAAUAACAAUUAUCAUUACCUGACCAUUCUGCUUUUUUAUGGAGGGGUAUGUAUGUAUACUUAGUGAUAAAUUUCUUUAGUCACAAUAAGGACCCCAAAUGAAUAAGGUACCAUGUGUGUGUGUGUGUGUGUGUAUACACAUAUAUACACACACAUAUAUAUAAUCAACUACUAAAUUGUUAUAUUCAUAUUAUUUUAGUAAUAAUAGCAGUAAUAAAUUUAUCUUUUGGUAUAUUGUAAAACAUAAAUAAGAGUUAUUACUAGGGAUUUAUGUUGUUUGAGGCAUGUGACUGUCAGUCCAGUAUGGUGUCUUAUUCCUUUGGGAAACCUUAUCACUGUGACUAAAUUAAAUGAUCAUUAAGAUCGUGCAACAGAACCUUGCAUGGGAGCUCAUAUCUGCCGUCCUGCAUCUGGGAAGCUGUGGCAGGAAGAUUGCUCUGUAUUUGAAGCCAACCUUGUAUACAGAGUAAGACCCUUUUUAACAUAAUAAAGAAUAUAUAUUGGUUUACUUACUCCAUUAUAUUUUAAGAAAUGGAAUGACUGGAUUGCAGAACUGCAGGUUGUUGAUUGUUUUCACAAUUUGUAAUUCUUUUGUUUACUACAAAUAAAUGCUCUUAACUUCA